AUGAUCACAUGGGUCGAACUUAGAUGCGGGCAAUUCCUCCGUCCAUGGGGGAGCUCGUGGGGGCUUUCACAUGUACCGAUGAGGCGACAGCUCUUUGGAGCUGGAGCUGGUCACAGGCGCACAUGGCUUCCUCAUAAACAAAGAGCGUCCGCUUUGAGCACGCGAACAGUUUGGCACGCAUUCCCUACUUCGAAGUCUUCUGUUGUUCGCGGCAUUUCCACCACGUUUCACGGCGAUUUUCCAGCAGAAAUGGCGUCUUCAGAAGAGGUCUUCGUGGGUAGCAUCGACCAGGGCACUACCAGCUCUCGAUUUCUCAUUUUCGACAAGGCUGGCGAGCCUGUUGCAGUACACCAGGAGGAGUUCAGCCAGAUCUACCCAAACCCAGGAUGGCACGAGCACGACCCAGACGAGAUUGUGCAGUCCGUCCAGAACUGCAUAGAAGGGGCGCUCAAGAUAUUCGAGAAAGACGGGCACUCUAAAGAGAGCAUUAAGGCGAUCGGCAUCACGAAUCAACGAGAGACGACCGUAUGCUGGGACAACAAGACCGGCGAGCCGCUACACAACGCCAUUGUAUGGACAGACACACGUACGGCAGCCCUAGCAAGAGAACUCAAGGCGAGGCCGGACAGUGACAAGCUCACUGAUGUCUGCGGCCUGCCCAUUUCGACCUACCCAUCUGUAACCAAACUUCUUUGGCUGCUCAAGAACUCGGAAAAGGUCAAGAAGGCGUACGAUCACGGAACCCUGGCGUUCGGCACAAUCGAUGCAUGGCUGAUCUAUAAGCUCAACGGCGGACCAGAUAACAAUGUCUUUGUAUCCGACCCUACCAAUGCCAGCAGGACCAUGUUCAUGGACAUUCACACACUCAAAUACAGCGAAAAGAUGUUGGACUUUUUCUCGUACGAAUUUGAUAUGCGCAAGGUCCACAUGCCGGAGAUCGUGCGCUCUUCGGACAAGCAAGCCUUUGGCCAGCUGACGUCCGGCUCCCUGAAGGGCUUCCCACUUGCUGGCUGUCUUGGAGACCAGUCUGCAGCACUUGUUGGCCAGAAAGGCUUCGAGCCGGGUGCUGCAAAGAACACCUACGGUACUGGCUGCUUCCUGUUAUACAACGUAGGCGAGAAGCCAGUGAUAUCUACCCAUGGACUUCUAGCGACAGUGGCGUAUAACUUUGAUGGCAAACCGGUGUAUGCCCUUGAAGGCAGCAUUGCAGUCGCGGGAUCUGGUGUCAAGUUCCUGAUGCACAAUCUCGGGUUCAGUCAUGCUUCUCACAAGAUCACUGAAUUGGCAGAAACAGUCAAAGACAAUGGCGGCCUUGUCUUUGUGACUGCUUUCAGUGGUCUGUUUGCACCUUACUGGAUCGACGAUGCUCACGGCACAAUGUUCGGUAUAACACACCACACCGAACGUGGGCACAUCGCGCGAGCCACACUGGAAGCCGUCUGUUUCCAAACAAAAGCCAUUCUCGAUGCAAUGGAGAAAGACAGCGGACACGAGCUUAGUGAGCUGAAGGUCGACGGCGGCAUGAGCAACUCCGCGUUAUGCAUGCAAACACAAGCAGAUUUGGUGGGUAUCCCAAUUGUGCGGCCGAAGAUGAGGGAGACCACAGCUCUUGGUGCUGCCAUUGCCGCCGGCUUUGCUGUAGAUGUGUGGAAGAACUUUGAUGAGCUGAAGGAAGUCAACACUGCUGGACAGACCACGUUUGAACCACAGAUGGACGAGAAGAGCAACAAGAAAAUGUUCCGCAGGUGGGAAAGAGCUGUGAGGAUGUGCAAAGGAUGGCUCGCAGAAGAGGAAGAAGACGAGGGCAAAUCGGACGAAGCGAAGGAGAUCAAGGACAACAUCAGCAAGGAGUCGGAGGAUGCUUCGAAACUAUAA